AUGUCGGCUAAAAUAACGAUACUCAUAUUAAGCUUCAUAGGUGUAAUAAAAUGUCGAGACAUAUCGCAUAAUACAAAUACAAAUAAAUCUCAACUUUCGGGUAAAAUAGUCGGAGGAGAAUUUUCAAGUAUAAAAAAAUUUCCCCAUUCUGCUUUCAUCACCAUAAACAAUGAAGAUAGGUCUUCGACAUGUGGCGCAUCCAUACUCAACCAAGCCAUACUUUUAACUGCUGCUCAUUGUCUUUCAACGUGUAAUGAAAAAUGUAAGAUAAAAGCUUACUUCGGAUCUGAACGAAAAAGUAAAGGUUACGAAAGAAAUGUCAUUAGUUUCAAAGUUCAUGAGAACUAUGAUACUGAAACAAAAGCUCAGGAUAUUGCUCUGAUGAGGUUGGAUAAGGAUUUGCAGUUUGGUAAAAAAGUAAAGAGAGUUAUCAUAAUGAAGACACCACCGAAAUCCGAUAAAGCCGAAAUAGCUGGGUGGGGCUGGAUUGAUUCCAAGGGUUCAAAGAGUGAACUGUUGAAACACGCAAAACAACAGGUUUUUAGCAGAAGCAAGUGCUACAAUAAAGUGAGGGUUAUACCCAAAGGAACUUUUUGCGGGACCGAUCUCAGUGGCUAUCCUGAAAAGGGAGACUCCGGCAGUGCCCUCAUGAUUAAAGGUUUCAUCCAGAUCGGCAUUGUAUCCUUCAAGAAGAGACAGUAUACAAACGAAACUAUUGUGUACACCGACGUCUCGUACUAUUACGACUGGAUACGUAAGAACGCAAGGAACUUGUAUUGCCGAGACUUCAAGAAAAAGGCGAAAAAGUUGGUUGAAAGAAUGGACAACGACUGGGAAAUAGAGAAUCGGCUAAUCAAAAAGAUAUGGCGAACGGAGGAGGAAGACUUAUUGAACUGUAAUUAUGUACGAAAAUAAUAUAACACUUA